AUGUGCAUCGAUAAACCAACGAAGUGGCCAAGCGGCAAGAGAAGCAAUUUUGAUUUUCACGAUGAAACCGAAGCCGCGUUUAAUGAACAGAUAAACGUUGAAUUGAAAGCAUUUUAUUCCUACCUAUCUAUGCUUAUUAUACAGGCUGCAUAUUUCGGUCGCGUGGACGUCGCUUUACCGGGUUGCGAGUCAUUCUUCAUGCAGAUGCAUCGCGAGGAACACGAACAUGCCCUGAAAUUUUUAGAUUAUGUAAAGAUGCGUGGCGGAAAGGUGCAUUUAUGCGCCGUGUCCCCGCCAGAUGAUCAAGAUUGGAAAUGUCCGUUGCACGCGUUCAAAAUGGCAUUGCAAUUAGAAAUUCAAGUCAGUAAAAAAUUGGUCGCGGUAAACGCUGUAGCGGAGAAGCAUACUGAUUUAAAUGCGAGUGAUUUCAUCAUCACCGGUUUUAUGGAAGAUCAAAUGAAGAGCGUGAACGAAAUGGGAAGAUUAGUGACUGUGCUGUCUGGUAUCGGAGAUCAAGCAUUGGCGCGAUUCAUGUUCGAUAAGGAUUUACUCGAUAGUUACGUCCAGCCAGAUUACAAUGUUUUGAAAAGUAAAUUUCAACGAAAAAAACACGACGAGUAGCUACUUAUUCGUCCUUUUUCGAAUUUUCGCAGAAUUAUACCACAUUUUCGCAUAUU